UUGGAUAUUAACACAGUAGCUGCAGGUGGAGGUUCCAUGUUGUUUUUUCGUUCAGGGAUGUUUGUGGUAGGGCCAGAUUCUGCUGGGGCUAACCCAGGACCUGCCUGCUAUAUGAAAGGUGGACCUUUGACAGUGACAGAUGCUAACCUGUGCCUCAACAGACUUUUACCACAAUACUUCCCUAAAAUAUUUGGGAAAACACAGGACCAACCUUUAGAUGUGACAACUACAAAAGAAACAUUUGUUAGGUUAACACAAGAGGUAAAUGAAUUCAUGCAGACACAAAGUAGCAGUUCAAAUGACCAGAUGAUGUCAUUAGAAGAGGUUGCUAUGGGAUUUAUAAAGGUUGCAAAUGAGACGAUGUGUCGACCAAUAAGAGCUCUUACACAGGCUAAAGGCCAUGAUACAUCAAGGCAUAUAUUAGCGUGUUUUGGAGGAGCUGGUGGUCAACAUGCAUGUGCAAUAGCUAGAAGUCUAGGCAUGACACAAGUCUUUGUACAUAGGUAUGCAGGUAUUUUAUCAGCAUAUGGAAUGGCUCUAGCAGAUGUUGUACAUGAAACCCAGGAACCUAGUGCUGUAAAAUAUAGAGAAGAAAAUCUGAAAUAUUUGAAUGAAAGGAUAAGCCAGCUUUCAACUCAGUGUAAACAAGAGCUGUUAAAUCAAGGUUUUGAAGAAAAUCAAAUAGAAACUGAGGCAUUCUUACACAUGAGGUAUGAGCGUACAGAUUGUGCUCUUAUGUGUUCUGCUAAGAACCAUUCUGCCAAACCAGGAACCAGUCAGUAUGGUGAUUUUAGGGCAGCAUUUCAAGAAAGGUAUCACAAAGAGUUUGGAUUCACAAUUACAGAUAGACCUAUUAUUGUUGAUGAUAUAAGGAUCCGUGGUGUUGGGAAGGCAUUUAUGCAGGUUGAAAAUAAUAUCCCAAAUGCUACUGGACUUCCUCCUGUGGAAUUGGUAAGCCAGUGUUACUUUGACAAUGGUUGGCUAAAGACAAAUGUAUACAUAUUGGAAAAUUUACGGGCUGGUCAUCUCAUUGAUGGUCCAGCUAUCAUCAUGAAUGGAAACAGCACAGUAUUGGUGGAACCAACCUGUCAAGCUUUGAUUACCAAAUCAGGUGAUGUUAAGAUAACUAUAGGUUCUGGAAUGGUAGAGAAAGUGGGGAAAUCUUUAGACAUGAUACAGUUGUCUAUAUUUUCACAUCGUUUUAUGAGUAUAGCAGAGCAAAUGGGAAGGGUGCUACAGAGAACUUCCAUUUCCACAAAUAUCAAGGAAAGGUUAGACUUCUCUUGUGCAAUGUUUGGUCCAGAUGGUGGACUGGUUGCUAAUGCCCCACAUAUACCUGUUCACUUAGGAGCCAUGCAGGAAACUGUGCAAUAUCAGAUGAAGACAUUGGGCAAUGAUAUUGAACCAGGUGAUGUGAUUUUAUCAAACCAUCCUCAGGCAGGUGGCAGUCAUCUGCCUGAUCUUACUGUCAUUACACCAGUGUUUUACCAGGGGGAGAAAAGCCCAGUAUUUUUUGUAGCUAGCAGAGGUCAUCAUGCAGAUAUAGGAGGAAUAACUCCUGGCUCAAUGCCACCACAUUCAAAAUAUCUGCAUGAAGAAGGUGCUGUAUUCAAAUCUUUUAAACUAGUAAAAGCUGGAAAAUAUCAAGAGCAAGCUGUUACAGAAGCACUGAAUGCCCCAUCACAGUUCCCAGGCAGCAGUGGUACCCGUAACCUACACGAUAACCUCAGUGACCUCAAGGCUCAAGUUGCUGCAAAUCAAAAAGGCAUCAACCUGAUCAAAGGUCUUAUAGAUGAGUAUGGCUUAGAUGUUGUCCAAGCUUACAUGGCACAUAUACAACAAAAUGCAGAAUUGGCAGUGAAGGAUAUGUUGAGAGAGAUAGCAAAACAGACUGAACUACGUACAGGCACAACAACACUGCAUGCUGUAGAUUACAUGGAUAAUGGUGCACCAAUCAAGCUUACUGUUGAUAUUGAUGCUGCUAAGGGAACUGCAGUCUGUGACUUCACAGGUUCGUCAUAUGAGGUGUAUGGUAAUCUGAAUGCGCCAAGGGCAGUAACUCUGUCAGCACUUAUUUACUGUCUGAGGUGUAUGGUUGGCCAUGAUGUCCCUCUUAAUCAGGGAUGUUUGAAGCCAGUUACAGUAAUUAUCCCCCAGGGCAGUAUUUUAGAUCCAAGUGAGAAUGCUGCAGUGGUUGGAGGCAAUGUCCUUACCUCACAGAGAAUUGUUGAUGUUAUACUGAAAUCUUUUGAUGUGUGUGCUGCUUCACAGGGUUGCAUGAAUAAUAUAACAUUUGGUGACAAUGAGUUUGGUCAUUAUGAAACAGUUGCAGGCGGUGCAGGGGCUGGACCCACUUGGGAUGGGAGAAGUGGAGUUCAUACACAUAUGACCAACACCAGAAUCACAGAUCCUGAAAUACUGGAGAGAAGAUACCCUGUGGUUCUUAAACGGUUUCAUCUUAAACCAAACACAGGAGGGCGUGGCAUGUACCAUGGCGGAGAUGGGGUCGUAAGAGAAUACUUGUGGCGGAAAUCUCUCACUCUCUCAGUGCUCACAGAAAGGAGGGUUUUCAGUCCAUAUGGUCUAAAUGGUGGACAUGCUGGGGAAAAGGGAUUAAACCUGAUGAUAUACAAAGAUGGCAGGAUAGUGAAUUUGUGUGGCAAGACAUCUGUAGACUGUAGUGCUGGGGAUGUAUUUUUAUUGCAAACUCCUGGUGGGGGUGGAUAUGGUUAUAAAGAUAAACAAGCUGAGGAUGAGCCAGACAGAAAGAGACCGAGGUUAGAUACAGGAAAGUCUACAUUGACUAUGGUGGGAACUGGCAGUGUGUUUGACUACAAGAGGUCCCAGGAAUCUGUUUAAAAGAAGUUCUAUUAAAUAAUUAAUAAUGUGAAAAAUAGGUUAUGGUGUUGAUUGUAUUCAUUUAUAUGUACUUGUGAUUGUAUUCAUUUAUAUGUACUUGUGAUUGUAUUCAUUUAUAUGUACUUGUGAUUGUAUUCAUUUAUAUGUACUUGUGAUUGUAUUCAUUUAUAUGUACUUGUGAUUGUAUUCAUUUAUAUGUACUAUUUGGAGAGAUAACCUGGACACAUAAGUAAUGGUGAUGUAAUGAUUUGAUUUUAUCCCCAUGCCAGAGGUGAAGGGAAUAUUAGAAAUGGUCUCCCUCCAUGCUUUUGUCACAGUUUUGUCAAGAGCAUAACUCCAAAAGUAGUAAGUGAUCUUUUUCAGGAUCCAUACACUAAUAGGGAACAAUAGCUUGCAAGAAUUUCCUACUAUACUUGAACAGAACAGAACGCAUAAGUACAUGUGGGAGGGGACUUCAAUAUGCAACCAGACAUUGACCUUGUACAGUGGACAGCCCAAGGUGAUAUUGAAGUCAACCCAACAAUUAUUAAGAUGUGGAUAGGGAUCAUUUAGUCAUCAUUUAUUGAGGGGUUGUAACAAAAAUGGUCAUUAUCAUGACUAUUUAUUCAGACAAAGAAUGAGUACCAAGUCUAGAUGUGCAUUUUUAUGCCCCCACAAUGUGGGAGCAUAUAGCGUUGCACUUGUCCGUCCGUCAGUCCGUCCGUACGUCCCGAAAUCUUGUGAACGCAACUCCUCUUAAACCGGAUGGCAGAUUUUGCUUAAACUUACAGGGAUGAACAAACUUAAUGUGUAGAUGGCAGUAAAGGAAGGAAUUUUUGCUUCGACCAAAUUUAACAGAAUUAUGGCCCUUUGUUGAUUUUUUCACUAUAUACUAUGUAGAAAUUUUGUGAACGCAACUCCUCUUAAACCGGAUGGCAGAUUUUGCUUAAACUUCCAGGGAUUAACAACCUUAAUGUGUAGAUGGUAGUAAAGGAAGGAAUUUUUGCUGCGACCAAAUUUAACAGAAUUAUGGCCCUUUGUUGAUUUUUAGUUUUCAACUUGUGGCACAUGUAGUUCAAAAAAUAUUUGACCUAGAGUCAUAAGAUGGACAGAACAGUGGCGUGUGGAGGCAUCCGUGUCCUAUGGACACAUUUCUAGUUCCAUUUAAAAAUUAUCGUUAGAUAUGUGGCCCUGUCUUGACUACUUCUAUUUAAUGAUAACUGAAGCAAUUUGAGUGAAACAUUAAAUGAUUAAUUGGUAGCUCAAGUAUUUGUGCAUUUUUAACGGGUUUUCAGGUUGAAUGAAUUUUGGCUGAGUUAUUGCCCUUGAAUAAUAAAUGUGUUUUGGCCUGUUAAUGAUUAUUGUGUCUCCUGCUACACAGAAGCUGCAACAUGUUACAAAGUAUCAGCGACAUACAGCGAACAAACUGUCCAGUCACUUCUCUAUACCAGUGCUUAAUUGACUAUCAUUAGGCGACAAAUGUGAAUAUGUGACAUCACUGAUCGCCCUUGUUAGGUUAUCAAAUAAAAAAAUCAAACAUAUGUACUCUACUUUACCAUAUCUAUAUGGAUUUUUAAGGAAAACUGUACUCGUCAUGACCAUAUGGCAUUUUAAGGAGUUCAUCUUUCCAAGUAAAAUUUGCCAUCGGGCCUAUGUUGCAACGGUCCAUAUACUGAGAAACUAUCAAAGUUAUUCGCUUCAAACUUGGAAUACAUCUUGGACAUUCCAUUUUUAGCUCAAGUUUUUAACUCACAUGACCACAACAUGCUCAUGGUAAGCUAUUGUGAUUCCCCGUCUGUCAUCGUGUGUCGUUAAUAAUGUCUUUAAACAACAUCUCCAAUGACUGCACAGUAACCAAACUUUACAUGAAUAAUUAUUUAUUUAUUAAUUUAUUAUUAUUAAUUGAGUUCAAAAUGCAAACUUUAAAACUCUUUUUGUCUGAAAGUACAAGGCCCAGAGCUUUGAUAUACAUAUAGAUAAAAUAAAAAUGUUU